AUGCCGACCUCGAUCCUUCCCCUACCCUCGUCGUCCGGCAUCCUCGUUCACGGUGGCUUCUGGGACCUCCUCGCCGCGACCGGGUCGCGCUUCUACAGCCCCUCGAGGCUCGAGAUCGGCGUCAUGAACGGCGCGGGCACGCCCUCGACACCCGCCAUGGUCGUUCAAAACCCGUUCGCGCGCGAGAUGGGUGCGGCGGCGGGCCCUGCGCGCACUGCGAGGCAGAAGAAGCGGGUCAGCGUCGACAUGAUCAGCCGGCCGAGGGACUUUGCGCACACGGUACACGCCUCGGACGCCGACCAGGCGGCGGCGCUCCUCGGGCGGUGGCAGAGAGACGGGCAGGGCAAAGUUGGAGACUCGUCUUGGGUCAAGCCGAUCAAGGACGCGGUCCGUGCCUCGCACCGGGCGGUCGGCGUCGCCGAGGCCUACUACGCUCGCGACGCUCCUCCUCGGCCGCUCAAGGUCGUGAACGGUCUUCCAGAGUCGGCGACGAGUAGCGCGACGUCGAGCCGCACCGCCGGCGAGCGCGACCUGAGCUUCUCGAGCGACGUCGCCGUCGAGGACGACCACGGCGUCGGCCCAGCCGUCGUAUCGCCGUCGCCCUUCAUGCCCCUGCACGAGAACCCGUCCUGUGCCUCGAUCGUGGCACGCUCGACUCCCGUCAGCCCUGUCGCCGAGCAAGCGCCGGCGUCCUUCCAGGCCACUGUCCGCUUCAAGCCCGACGCGAGUGCUCGACCCGGCGCGCCCUUCUCGUUCGACCAGCUCCCGCCCGUCGCCUCGCCUUCUGCCUACGGCAACGACAUCGACCCGCUCUCGCGCCCCGACUUUGUCCCGUCGCUCGCCACCAUCGAGCGCGCCGUGGCCUGCAAGACGUUCCUCGAGGUCAAGUACCACGCCCUCCUCAAGGAGAAGCCGACUCGCGAGGCGCGCAAGGCGCUCAUCGAGCGCGAGCUCGCCCGCCUGCACCUGUCGGACGCCGAGCGCGUGCGAGUGCGCGACGCGUGGAUCCUGAGCGAGAGCGAGGCCCUGCGCGAGACGCGCCGGCGAGUCGGCGUCGCCUCCUUUGUCAAGUUGAAGACGAUCGGUCACGGCGCGUUCGGCGUCGUCAGCCUGGUGAGGGAGCGCGGGACGGGCGAGCUUUACGCCCUCAAGCAGAUCCGCAAGGCCGACAUGCUCAAGAAGGGCCAGGAGGGCCAUAUUCGGGCCGAGCGUGACCUUCACGCGACGGCGUCGACGAGCACGCGUUGGACCGUCAAGCUUCACUACUCGUUCCAGGACGCCGACCACCUGUACUUGGCGAUGGACUACAUGGCGGGCGGCGACCUUCUGAGCCUGUUGAUCGAGAAGGACACUCACGAGUCGCUCGGCGCCAUUCAUCGCGACAUCAAGCCCGACAACUUCCUCUUGGGCGCCGACGGUCACCUCUGCCUGUCCGACUUUGGCCUCGCCCAGGACUUCAAGUGGUCGCAUGACGGCUCGUACUACGACCAGCACCGGCGCGAGCUCCUCUGGCGCUACGACCUCGAGGACUCGGGCCGAGUCGACCCGACUGCGAGCCGGAGGAGCUUCGACCCGCCUCGCUCGGAGCAGCCGGGCGAGGAGGGGCCGCCGGGCUCGGUCCUGAUCUGGCGCGACCUCGGCAGGCGGCAGCAGGCCUACUCGGUCGUCGUUCGCGCUCAAGGCUACGGCGUCGCGUCAGAUUGGUGGUCACUCGGCAUCAUCGCCUUCGAGAUGCUCUUUGGCUACCCGCCGUUCGUCAGCAAAUCUCGCCAGGAAACGCGCAACAAGAUCCUGUCGUGGCGCAAGUCGUUGCGCUUCCCCGCCAAGCCUCGAGUCUCUCGAGAGGCCGUCGACUUCCUCUCGCGCCUCAUCUGCGAGCCGGAAGAGCGCCUCGGCUCGCGCACGUCUGGCGCCGGCGGCCGGCGCCCCAACUCGGUCAUGGUCCAGCAGCGCUCGGGCUUCCUCGCCGGCGCAGUAGCAGAGCCGACUGGUCCCGCCAACGACGGCGUCGACGAGCUGCUCAACCACCCGUGGCUGCGCGGGCUCGACUUUUCGACCCUGCACCUUAAGACGCCGCCGUUCGUCCCACAGCUCAACGGCGACCCGGCCUCGACCAAGUACUUCGACGACGACAUCGCCGACGAACCUCUUCCGCCUCCCGAGAUCGCCCCCGGCGUCCCCGCUCCCGCCACGACGCGCGACCCGCUCCUCAAGCACCCCGAGCACGGCGAGGACCUCCUCAAGCUGCGCAAGGAGCUCGCGUUUGCCGGCUGGACCUUCAAGAAGCCGAAGCGGCUCGUCUACGACCCGCGCAAGGGUAUCGACCCGGGCGUGUUCGGCAGAGCCGGCGGCGAGAGGGGAAGGUCGAGCUUGCGACCGACCGGGGCAGGGUCGUCCUUCAUGCGCUCACUCUCGAUCUAG